GGCCGGCCGAGAGCCCCGCCGCGGCCCCCUCCCCGGCGGCCCGCGCCCCUGCCCCGCGCCCCCCGCCCGCGCCCUGCGCCGCGCCGCGCUCCCUCCGCCUCCCCGUCCCCCAUUCUCCGGAUUAAUUAAGGAGGCAGCGGCAGGAGGCUGAGUCCUGGCCGCGGGCCGGGCCGGGGCGCCGCUGGCAGGAGCGCUUGGGGAUCCUCCAAGGCGACCAUGGCCUUGCUGGGGAAGCGCUGCGACAUCCCCGCUAACGGCUGCGGGCCCGACCGCUGGAACUCCACCUUCACCCGCAAGGACGAGAUCAUCACCAGCCUCGUGUCUGCCUUAGACUCCAUGUGCUCGGCGCUGUCCAAGCUGAACGCAGAGGUGGCCUGUGUGGCUGUGCACGAUGAGAGCGCUUUCGUGGUGGGCACCGAGAAGGGGAGGCUGUUCCUGAACGCGCGGAAGGAGUUGCAGUCGGACUUCCUCAGGUUCUGCCGAGGGUCCCCCUGGAAGGAGCCGGAGGCAGAGCACCCCAAGAAGGUGGCACGGGGCGAGGGUGGCAGCCGGAGCAUCCCGCGGUCCUCCCUGGAGCACGGCUCGGACGUGUACCUUCUGCGGAAGAUGGUAGAGGAGGUGUUUGAUGUUCUUUAUAGCGAGGCCCUGGGAAGGGCCAGCGUGGUGCCACUUCCCUACGAGAGGCUGCUCAGGGAGCCAGGGCUGCUGGCUGUGCAGGGGCUGCCCGAGGGCCUGGCCUUCCGCAGGCCAGCCGAGUAUGACCCCAAGGCCCUCAUGGCCAUCCUGGAGCACAGCCACCGUAUCCGCUUCAAGCUUAAGAGGCCACUCGAGGAUGGUGGGCGGGACUCGAAGGCCCUGGUGGAGCUGAACGGCGUCUCCCUGGUAGCCAAGGGCGCUCGGGAAUGCAGCCUGCACGGCCCGGCCCCCAAGGGGCCGCCCCAGGACCUGCCACCCCCCGCCCCCUCCUCUUCUGUGGCCAGCUUCCUCUACAGCCCCACGCUCCCCAGCCACCCCAUGAGAGAGCUCAAGCAGGAGGCCCCCACCUGCCCACUCACCCCCGGCGACCUGGGCCUCAGCCGGGCCGGCCCUGAGCCCAAGGCCCUGGGGGCUCAGGAGUUCCCUGACUGCUGUGGACAGAAGCCCACCGGGCCUGGUGGUCCUCUCAUUCAGAAUGUCCAUGCCUCUAAGCGCAUUCUGUUCUCCAUCGUCCACGACAAGUCAGAGAAGUGGGACGCCUUCAUAAAGGAGACAGAGGACAUCAACACGCUCCGGGAGUGCGUGCAGAUCCUGUUUAACAGCAGAUAUGCGGAAGCCCUGGGCCUGGACCACAUGGUCCCCGUCCCCUACAGGAAGAUCGCCUGUGACCCAGAGGCUGUGGAAAUCGUGGGCAUCCCAGACAAGAUCCCCUUCAAACGCCCCUGCACCUAUGGGGUCCCCAAGCUGAAGCGGAUCCUGGAGGAGCGGCACAGCAUCCACUUUGUCAUUAAGAGGAUGUUUGAUGAGCGAAUUUUCACAGGGAACAAGUUUACCAAAGACCCCACAAAGCUGGAGCCCGCCAGCCCGCCGGAGGACGCCUCUGCAGAGGUCUCCCGAGCCGCCAUCCUCGACCUGGCCGGGACUGCUCGAUCCGACAAGAGUGGUAUCUCCCAAGACUGUGGGGCAGGAACCUCUGGGGAGCUGGGUGGGCUGAGGCCCAUCAAAAUUGAGCCGGAGGACCUGGAUAUCAUUCAGGUCACCAUCCCAGACCCUUCGCCAACUUCUGAGGAAAUGACAGACUCGAUGCCUGGGCAUCUGCCCUCAGAAGAUUCUGGUUAUGGGAUGGAGAUGCUGACUGACAAAGGCCCUGGCGAGGAUCCGCGGCCCGAGGAGAGGCCCGUGGAGGACAGCCACGGCGACGCGAUCCGGCCGCUGCGGAAGCAGGUGGAGCUGCUGUUCAACACGCGCUACGCCAAGGCCAUCGGCAUCUCGGAGCCCGUCAAGGUGCCCUACUCCAAGUUCCUGAUGUACCCGGAGGAGCUGUUCGUGGUGGGGCUGCCGGAAGGCAUCUCCCUGCGCAGGCCCAACUGUUUCGGCAUCGCCAAGCUGCGCAAGAUCCUGGAGGCCAGCAACAGCAUCCAGUUUGUCAUCAAGAGGCCCGAACUGCUCACCGAGGGAGUCAAAGAGCCCGUCACGGACAGCCAAGAGAGGGAUUCCGGGGACCCUCUUGUGGACGAGAGCCUGAAGAGGCAGGGCUUUCAAGAAAAUUACGACGCCCGACUCUCACGGAUCGACAUCGCCAACACGCUGAGGGAGCAGGUCCAGGACCUGUUCAAUAAGAAAUACGGGGAAGCCUUGGGCAUCAAGUACCCGGUGCAGGUCCCCUACAAGCGGAUCAAGAGCAACCCCGGCUCAGUGAUCAUCGAGGGGCUGCCCCCGGGCAUCCCGUUCCGAAAGCCCUGCACCUUCGGCUCCCAGAACCUGGAGAGGAUCCUUGCGGUGGCCGACAAGAUCAAGUUCACGGUCACCAGGCCCUUCCAAGGACUCAUCCCAAAGCCUGAUGAAGAUGAUGCCAACAGACUGGGGGAGAAGGUGAUCCUCCGGGAACAGGUGAAGGAGCUCUUCAAUGAGAAAUACGGUGAGGCCCUGGGCCUGAACCGGCCUGUGCUGGUCCCUUACAAGCUGAUCCGGGACAGCCCGGACGCCGUCGAGGUCACGGGCCUGCCCGAUGACAUCCCUUUCCGGAACCCCAACACGUACGACAUCCACCGGCUGGAGAAGAUCCUGAAGGCCCGGGAGCGCGUCCGCAUGGUCAUCAUCAACCAGCUCCAACCUUUUGCAGAAAUCUGCAAUGACACCAAGAUGCCAGCCAAAGACAGCAGCGUUCCCAAGCGCAAGAGAAAGCGGGUCUCUGAGGGGAACUCCGUCUCCUCUUCCUCCUCGUCUUCCUCGUCCUCGUCCUCCAACCCGGAGCCCGUGGCAUCCUCCAACCAGAUCUCCCUCGUGCAAUGGCCAAUGUACAUGGUGGACUAUGCCGGCCUGAACGUGCAGCUCCCGGGACCCCUGAAUUACUAGACCUCAGCGCCGUCAGGACCUCACUCAGAAAGACUAAGGAAAUGUAAUUUAUGUACAAAAUGUAUAUUCGGAUAUGUAUCGAUGCCUUUUAGUUUUUCCAAGGAUUUUUACACUAUAUUCCUGCCACCAAGGCCUUUUUAAAUAAGUAAAAAAAAAAAAAAAAGUUGCCUUUGCUCUUAACUGUUGUAUGUUCUCUUUUGGAAUUGCGGCCGAAGCCAUCACUGGGACAAGGUCAGGGGACCGGCCAGGGCCCUCCUGCCUUGCCCAAGCAGAGGUGGUGUCCCUCACCGCUGGGCCUGGUGUCUGGGCACAGACUUCA